CCCCGUCGGAGUCGCGCGGGAGGCGUGAGGCGGUGCCGAGGAGCCGAGGCCGCGGGCAGCUAGACGCCGGGACUGUCCAGCGAGCGAGCGCGGCGGGAACCCGCAGCCACAGCAGCCCCGGAGGCACAGCCGCAGCCGCCGCCCGCGGAGCCCAGCGCAGCCGGCCAUGGCGCUGUCGAUGCCCCUGAACGGGCUGAAGGAGGAGGACAAAGAGCCCCUCAUCGAGCUCUUCGUCAAGGCUGGCAGUGAUGGUGAAAGCAUAGGAAACUGCCCCUUUUCACAGAGGCUCUUCAUGAUUCUGUGGCUCAAAGGAGUUGUGUUUAGUGUCACCACCGUUGACCUGAAAAGGAAGCCUGCAGAUCUGCAGAACUUGGCUCCCGGGACCCACCCACCAUUUAUAACCUUCAACAGCGAAGUCAAAACGGAUGUAAAUAAGAUUGAGGAAUUUCUUGAAGAAGUCUUAUGCCCUCCCAAGUACUUAAAGCUUUCACCAAAACACCCAGAGUCAAACACUGCUGGAAUGGACAUCUUUGCCAAAUUCUCUGCCUACAUCAAGAACUCAAGACCAGAGGCGAAUGAAGCACUGGAGAGGGGGCUCUUGAAAACGCUGCAGAAACUGGAUGAGUAUCUGAAUUCUCCCCUCCCUGACGAAAUCGAUGAGAACAGCAUGGAGGACAUCAAAUUCUCCACACGUAGAUUUCUGGAUGGCGAUGAGAUGACAUUAGCAGACUGCAACCUGCUGCCCAAACUACACAUUGUCAAGGUGGUGGCCAAAAAGUACCGCAACUUCGACAUUCCUAAAGGAAUGACGGGCAUCUGGAGAUACCUGACAAACGCCUAUAGCAGGGAUGAGUUCACCAACACCUGCCCCAGCGACAAGGAGGUGGAGAUCGCGUACAGCGAUGUUGCCAAGAGACUCGCCAAGUAAAAGCAGCACUUUGAGAGAGACGCCUUCAGAUCCCCCACGAGGUCGCUUUCCUAACAGACUGCUCUGCCUCCUCUAAAGUAGAAGUGUAUUUUGCAUGAAGGUGCAGUUACUCAAGACUAGGAUUAAGGGUAGACCAAGUGUAGUAGUUCUCUUCAGCACACACUCCUAAGCAGUAUUAUUCUAAAGUCUUCUACCCGGCCCGCCUGCCCCGCCCAUCCGCCAUCCUCCAGCUUGGAGGCCCCCUGCCACAAGUGUGUCACCCGAGAGGAACCCCAACCAUCCCAUCUGUUCACGGUAUAGAUGGCAGAACCUGAGGUGCAGUGUCCAACCAUUAGAAUAGUGGCCGUGACACCAGCGGACCCCACGCUGGCGUAGACGCUUGGUACAAGGAAUAUUUAUGCAUUGGCGGAGCUGUGAUAUCGAGUGAGGAAUACGGAAGGAUUGCUGCUGGGUAGACACUGUUUCAGUGUGGUCUGGGCUAUGCUGAGGGGCCUUGCGGUCCUCAGAGAAGACUGCCUUCUGUAGAGACUGCUGGUUUCUUGGUAGAUAGUUAAUUUUGCCUACAAUGUGUCAUUUGUAUAAAUUUAUAACAUCCUGUACUAUGUAGAAAUUGAAAGACUGGGAAGGCGAGAAGAAGGGUGGGUUCUCUAUGUCUAUUUUGUUAUCUGCUGUGUGGGUUUCACCCAGGGCUGUUCAUACAUUACAACAGUAUUGCUGCCUUCACUGUAACAGACUUUCUCUCUCCUCUUCCCUCUUUCCCUCCCUCCUUCCUCCCCUCCCUCCCUCCCUCCUUUCCUCCUCCCCCUUUCCCCCCUGCCCCUGUCUCUUUCUAUCUGUCUGUCUGUCUGUCUCUUUCUCUCUGGUGCUUGGGAUGGAGCCCAGGGCUUUGUGUAGGCCUGACAAAGCUCUGUCCCUGAGCUGCUUCAAGCCCCCUCCCUCUGAGUGCCGAGCUCCUUUCUUGGUGGCUGUCUUCCUGUCUGUGAGCACAGACAUGCACAGGCUGACUCAGCCGGGUAACUGCCUACGAACCACUCACAUUAACCGGGCUCAGGGUGAACUUGUUGAAAUGCCAAGUACACUUUACUCGGAAAGUGGAUUCUUUGGAGCAGGUGAAGACUACAUCAUCCGCCCCAUCUUAAACUCCCAAAGCACAGGUCACACGCUCCUCUUCAACCCCAGUGAGAGGUCAUCUGCCCUUGGGAUAACUUGUCAUAGUGUAUAUUCCCGUGGAUUGGCCUAAUGCCACUCACCACACUGAGGAAUAGGGCUCUCUCCCUCUUUUUUUUCCUUGCCGCUUGUUUUGUUUUGAGACAAGAUGUUACCCUGCAGCCCUGGUUGGCCUGGCACUUGAUAGGUAAACCAAGCUGGCCUCGAACUUGUGGCAGUCCCCCUGCAUUUGCCUCCUGGAUGCCAGGAUGAUGGGCCUACACCACCAUGCCUGGCUUGUUUUCUUGUUUUUUAAACCAAGUCGAAGCUGAAAGUUAUUGGUAGUUUAACAAAGGAGAAUGAGCUUGGCAACAGUAGAGAUCCCCUCCCACCCAAACAAAAUGGGCUUUCUAAGUACUACUCCAGGGCCUGCUUGGGACUUUGCUGUGUUUCGGGCCUUUUUUUUUUUUUUUUUGAACAAAGCUAUUCAAGAACUACUGUUUCCACCCUGCAGCCUGCUGCGCUAAGGUGGCCGGUUCCUGGUGUGCUCACACCUGGUAAUGGACGCCUUCUGACUCUUAAGCAGCUCCCUUUUAAAACUUACUGGAAAUGGGCUGAGCACGGGGACAGCUUUUCAGUGCAUUCCCGUGCUCAGGGAGGUGCCUUGGCCACAGUUUUCACUCUCACUGUUGUUGAGGUGUGCACACCCGCCACCUGCAAAUGCCGGGUGCUGAUGGGUCUGCUUCCAGCACACUGUCUCCUCACAGAGAAACGACCCUGCCGUGUCUCUGUGGUCUGUGGGUGGAAGGUUCCCGACUUUACGUAGUGACAGCUUGGCCUUGUGUGGGAUUGAGUCUCAGACACCAGAGAAGGGCUCAGGGAGGGCUACGGGAAGAAGAGCUGUGCUGCUCCCCCAGAGGAUGUGCAGGAUGGCGAGGGGCACGUGCCGAAACUGCCAGAGAAGCCAACACCCGUUGGCUUGUCCUCUGCUGCUUCCUAAAUUGCCUCGUGGUUGCUCUUGCUGUCUCCAGAGGUCCAAGGAAGGACCGUCCAUCUUGGUUUUGACGAAGGUAGAAUUGUUUUUCUCUAGAGAGAGAGACAUUUUUAUACCAAGAAAGCCAAACAAAUUGGAGAUGGGUGAAUGGCGGGAAGAUGUAAACAGGAAGCCCCCACAGCAGGCACUCCCUCCUCCCCCUGCGGAGGUCCUGGCUUCCAGGCUUGGGCUGUGAGGUGUUUCCGCACAGCUGAUGCAGUGUGAGGACUGAUGGAUGGAAGUCAUCUGGCCUCACGUCCACCCUGGUGACUUGCCCCUCUGCUUCUGGUUAGCCUCCUUUCUUUCGGAGCCCUUCAUCCUGGAGCCGGAUUCGAGCGGAGUCUUCCUAUUUUCCAGUGGCUACUGAGAAACUGAAAUAGUGGGGAAGCCUCUGUUCUAAGAACCGUAAUGUCCUUUCUGAUGUACAUACAGCCUUUCAGCACAAUGCAAAUGGGAGAACACUGGCUUUCAUAGCUCUGAACCGCAGUUUGCAUACAUUAAGAGGUUCCGACUGCUGUGUGCACGAGGUGGAUCAGCUCUAGAGUUUAGGCAUUUAUACUUCUGUUGAGUCAUACUUCCAGAAUCUCCUCAGAGUUGCAUGUAGAUAGCAUUUAUUUCUGAAUAUUUAAAAAACCCCAUUUAGCAAAUAUCUACAAAGAAAAAAUGAGGGGAAGUAGAAAUUUUUUUUUUUUUUUUUUUUUUGGUUAAGAUUUUGGUCCACACAUCGGGUUGUAGUGGAUUCACCAGUUUGGUGGGCUGACAAUAAUCAAGAUUUGGUUCAGAGAGGGCAUUUGUUAGUGAAACCCACAGUAGAUUUCUAAAGGUUCAUUGUUACAAUUAUCAAAGUGCGAGCAACUAAAAUUAUUUUAUUAUGGAAAAAAUUUAAGUCCCAAGCCAUGAAAAUUCAGCUCCCAAGUCAUAAUGCUGAACAGGAUUGGAGUAUUUCUUUAUAGAAUUCCUUGGGUAGGAAUGAAAGCUUAUUACAGAAUGCUUGCAUUUUUCUUCUCUCUGGAACAUCAACACCAGUAUAUUGCUGGCAGCUAUUGUAUUAAGACAAAUAAAUAUAUUUUCACUAUCAAA